GGUCGGUGCACAGAGAGAAAUGCAGCAGCCAAGGGGGAUAGGGAGGGUCCUGUGGGUGGUUUGUAACUUUCCAAGGGUGGGCAGGAAGGCAGUCAUUGCUGAGAAGAUGACAUUGGAGCAUGGACCUGAAGGAAGGGAGGCUGCCCUCCCUGCCGCCGGAAGUGACUCCCCUCAGCAAGGCCAAGGCGGCUCACGUGUCUCAGCACCCUGUCAUCUCUGCCCUUCUCUCUCGUUGAGUGACAGCAUGGCGUGACAUGAGGGCUCUCCAACCAUGGCCUUGCAGCCUUCUUGGAACGUGCGCAUCGACCCCAGCAGCCUGUCCUUUAACAUGUGGAAGGAGAUCCCAAUCCCCUUCUAUCUCUCCGUCUACUUCUUUAACGUCAUGAACCCCAGCGAGAUCCUGAAGGGCGAGAAGCCGCAGGUGCAGGAGCGCGGGCCCUACGUGUACAGGGAGUUCAGGCACAAGACCAACAUCACCUUCAACAACAAUGACACCGUGUCCUUCCUCGAGUACCGCACCUUCCAGUUCGAGCCCUCCAAGUCCCAAGGCUCGGAGAGUGACUACAUCGUCAUGCCCAACAUCCUGGUCUUGGGUGCGGCGGUGAUGAUGGAGAAUAAGCCCAUGACCCUGAAGCUCAUCAUGACCUUGGCAUUCACCACCCUCGGCGAACGUGCCUUCAUGAACCGCACUGUGGGGGAGAUCAUGUGGGGCUACCAGGACCCCCUUGUGAACCUCAUCAACAAGUACUUUCCAGGCAUGUUCCCCUUCAAGGACAAGUUCGGAUUAUUUGCUGAGCUCAACAACUCCGACUCUGGGCUCUUCACGGUGUUCACGGGGGUCCAGAACAUCAGCAGGAUCCACCUCGUGGACAAGUGGAACGGGCUGAGCAAGGUUGACUUCUGGCAUUCCGAUCAGUGCAACAUGAUCAAUGGAACUGCUGGGCAAAUGUGGCCACCCUUCAUGACUCCUGAGUCCUCGCUGGAGUUCUACAGCCCUGAGGCCUGCCGGUCCAUGAAGCUAAUGUACAAGGAGCCAGGGGUGUUUGAAGGCAUCCCCACCUAUCGCUUCGUGGCUCCCAAAACCCUGUUUGCCAAUGGGUCCAUCUACCCACCCAACGAAGGCUUCUGCCCGUGCCUGGAGUCUGGAAUUCAGAACGUCAGCACCUGCAGGUUCAGUGCCCCCUUGUUUCUCUCCCAUCCUCACUUCCUCAACGCCGACCCGGUCCUGGCAGAAGCGGUGACUGGCCUGCACCCUAACCAGGAGGCACACUCCCUGUUCCUGGACAUCCACCCGGUCACAGGAAUCCCCAUGAACUGCUCUGUGAAACUGCAGCUGAGCCUCUACAUGAAAUCUAUCGCAGGCAUUGGACAAACUGGGAAGAUUGAGCCGGUGGUCCUGCCGCUGCUUUGGUUUGCAGAGAGCGGGGCCAUGGAGGGGGAGACGCUUCACACAUUCUACACCCAGCUGGUGUUGAUGCCCAAGGUGAUGCACUAUGCCCAGUACGUCCUCCUGGCGCUGGGCUGCGUCCUGCUGCUGGUCCCUGUCAUCUGCCAAAUCCGGAGCAAAGGUCCUGAGGACACCAUGAGCCAGCCAGGCCUGGCCGCUGGGCCUGACCGGCCCCCCAGCCCCUACACCCCACUUCUCCCGGACUCUCCCAGCGGACAGCCCCCCAGCCCCACAGCCUGAACCUCCCAGCUGCCAUGGGCCUGUUGCAUACAUGCAUGCAGGCCUGUGCAGACACUCAGGGACGGAGUGCUGCUGAAGGGGCUUGCAGGGAGAGGCUCGUCGACAAGCACUGUUCUGGAACCUUCUCUCCACGUGGCCCACAGGCCUGACCACAGGGGCUGUGGGUACUGUGUCCCCUUCCUUGGGUGAGCCUGGCCUGUCCCAUUCAGCCAUUGGGCCCAGGCUUCCUCCCCUUCAGGGUGAAACACUGCAGUCCCGGCGUAGUGACUCCCCAGGCAGGACUGGCCAGGCUGGGAGUGCUGGCUUCCUGUGCCAAAU